UUUAGAAUAAGGUAUUCUUUAAAGGAAAUUCAUUAAUUUUGUUAAAAUUUACAUCCAGAUAUAUAUGUUUAUCAUUAUACUAUAGUAAUUUAGAUCUAAAGUGAAGAAUAUGAUGGCACACGAAUUACCACAAUCAAUUCUCCAUAAGAAAAAUUCCCAUAUGACUCAACCACCACAAAAAAAUUCAAAUAAUCCUAAAACCAAUAAACAUAAACCUAUCAAGAAUGGUGAACGCCGGUUACCAAAUGGGGCCCAGGUUGAUUUUGGCAAUAAAUCCAAGAAAGGAUCAAGUUCCAAGAAACAACCAAGCUUGCCGGAUGGAUCAAAGCCAAAUUUUUAUAACGGGAAUGAAUCAAAUCAUUCGUCUUCAAGUUCGUUAAGUAAACAGAGUUUACCAAACGGCGAAAAACCCGUUUUCAAUGCUGCCACCGCCACUUCCAAUAAAAAGGGUAAGAAUCCUUCUUUACCAAAUGGUGAAAAACCGGUUUUCCAUGAUGAUUCUACGACUAAUAAUUCCAGAAAAAAUAAAUCCGGGAAAUCAAAUAAGGAUGGUAAGAAACAACAACAGGUAAUUAAUGAAGAUACUUAUGCUGGUUCAUCGUUUCAUUCGUCUCCUGCUGCACUCAACUUACCAAAACCGUCUUUUAAAACAUCUCCUAAAAAUAAUAAUAAAUCUCAAAUUUAUGAAAAUCAAAGUAAUGUUUCUUCAUCUGGCUCCUCAAAUGGGGGUUCUUCUAAUGGUGGUUCACCAAACCAAACAUUACAUUCCACCCCGAAUUUAACCACUGUUCAUCCUCCACCUCCUCCUCCUCAAUAUCCAGUCACUAUGUAUCCUCAACCGGGCUAUCCUGGAUACCCUCAACCAGGCUUUUCUUACCAAGUGACUCCUCAAGGUUAUAUCAAUUAUCAGUAUCCUCAUGGUUCUGCUCCUCCAAUGCAUCAUCCUCAAAUGGGAUACCCCAUGGUUAAUAGUCACUCUUACCCAGGUAAUUUUGCUGGGGUGCACGGGUUCCCUUCCGGGGUUCCUCCUCCUCCUCCUGCUGCUCCUGGUGCCCAACCUGCUAACCAAUUCCAACAACAUCAAGGUCAAAAAAUCACUUUUAACGACUUAUUGGGUUCUCUGAAAGUUUAGGGUAACUGCUUGGUGUGUGUUUGGUUUUCUUUUUAUUUGUUUUUUUAUCAGUAUUAUGUUUUUUGUUUGUCUUUUGCUUGUUUUUUGUUUUCAUUUGUUUAUUAACUGAAGCACUUCUGGGAAGAGAAUUAUCUUGACGAAAUGAAGUUUUAAUCAUGGUUUGAAUGAACUAUUUAUUUCUACAUUACUAUUUUCUUGCUGCAUUUUUGCUGCUACUUUUUUUGUUUUUGAAUUUGUUCUAUUCUGCAUUAUCAGUCUAAUGAUGUUAUGAGGUUAUCUCCUUUUCAUUUCUCUUCCUCUAGUUUUAAUUCACUUCACCUCUCCUCCAUGUUGAGAAGGUGCUUCUAUUACUGUUACAACGGUUGAUUUUAAUAUUUGUUUUUCCUCUCUCCCUUACUUUUUUCUUGUUAUCAUUAUGCUAAUGAUGCUACGUUUUUUUAUUGGGUUACUAGCUCUUUGUAUAUUACUUUAGUAUUGUCUUUUUAUAUUACUUGGA